CGACUGGCCUGUUGUAACGCCUAGCGUUAGUCGUACGUUCUACGUCGCACGAGACGGAUGCACAAUGUGGAAGACGACGACUGUGAUCUUCCUUUUUGCCUGUGGCAUAGCUAUUUUACUUCGUACUGGUCCCAUAGACGUACCGGACUUACCUGAGACAUUCUGGGGGCCGGAAAAAAAUAAGGGAGCCUCCAAAGAAGUACGACCCUACGUUAUUAAAGUAACGAAGUCGAUAAUCGACGACCUAAAAGAACGGCUCACCAAGAGACGAGAAUUCGUGGCACCAUUGGAGGAUACUGCAUGGACUUAUGGCAUUAGUACAACGUACUUGAAAGAUGUUCUUGAUUACUGGGCCACAAAGUAUAAUUGGACUGAACGGGAAGCACUGCUCAACAAGUAUCCCCAAUACAUGACUAAUAUACAAGGUCUGGACAUACAUUUUUAUCGCGUGAAACCUUACAUUCCAUCAGAACGGAAAAAUAUAAAGAUUCUUCCAUUGUUGAUGUUACACGGUUGGCCAGGAUCUGUAGUAGAAUUCCAAAAAAUUAUUCCCAUGUUAACAACACCGCGUCCGGACAAAGACUUCGUGUUUGAGGUGAUCGCACCUUCGCUUCCGGGAUAUGGAUUCUCGCAAGCAGCUGUACGACCAGGAUUGGCCACACCACAAAUGGCUCUUAUAUUCAAAAAUCUUAUGUUACGUCUCGGUUUUAACAAGUUUUACACGCAGGGCGGAGACUGGGGCGCCGCUAUUGUCUCGCAUUUGUCUAGUCUCUUCCCGGACAAUAUUCUUGGUACUCAUAGUAACAUGUGUAUGACUAGCAUGACCAAAUCCAAUAUAUUUUGGACAUUCCUCGGUUCAUAUAUCCCAUCGCUUGUAGUCGAGAGCGAAUAUUCUAAUAGAAUGUACCCUUUGGGAGAACAUUAUAGUCGACUUCUCGAGGAAACUGGAUAUAUGCAUAUACAGGCUAGCAAGCCGGACACUAUAGGCACUACUGUAGCGGCCUCGCCAGUGGGAUUAGCAGCAUAUAUUUUAGAAAAGUUUAGUACAUGGACGAAUCCAGAAUACAAAUUUCGACCUGAUGGCGGUCUCCUUGAGAAAUACACUCUGGACGAACUUUUAGAUAAUCUUAUGUUAUACUGGGUUACCAAUUCGUUAACUACGAGUGUACGACUUUAUGCUGAGCAGUUUACGAAGGCUCAUAUGGCGAGCAGGAUUGACGAAUUACCCGUUGAGGUGCCGGUAGGGUGUGCGGCAUUUCCUCAUGAACUGGCUUAUCAACCACAGAGCCUCCUUCGUGAGAGAUACACUAAUAUGAUACAAUAUAAUCACUUACCACGCGGAGGUCAUUUCGCUGCAUUUGAAGAACCGGCUCUCUUAGCGGACGACAUUUUCACGUUUGUAGCCACAGUUGAAGAAAACAGGAAGAAAAUUAAUAAUAAAGAUAUGCCGAACGAGAAGAAAAUAAAAGAACCUACGAAAAUUUGAAAAAAAAAAAUGUUAAUCUAUUAUUGUUAAUUAAGAGCUCGAUAUGCAGAGCAACAAACACAGGCGUUGAUCGCUCAUAAAAACGUUGUUAUAAACUUUUUUCAUUUUUGUAUAAUAUGGAAAUUUUUUGAAUAAAUGGGUAUUUUUCUAAU